AUGAAUCACUAAAUUAACUAACCGCUAUAGCAGCAACAGCAGCCAGCUUAAAAACAGCCGGCUGAAAUCUAGAAUAACCCCAAGGAUUAACAUUAAAAUCAGGCAAUACCAAUAGGCUCUAAGUCUGUGGACGUCCUCAUCAUUGGAGGAGGCCCAGCUGCGCUAGGAAUAUUGGUAAAUGCAGUAAAAACAAACAGGUAUUCAUAAUCAUUUUAAGAUUAAUUCUAUAAUAGAUUAAAUGAGUUAAUGCAAGGAGAGGGCAUCGCCAUCAUAGAUGCAGGCCUUAACUUUGGUGGAGGUCUGCUGUCCAAGUAUGGGAUAAACUCUAACACUAGUGGGGGAGGCUUUCUCAAAUGCUCAUACAAGAAGGUUCAAUUCAAAGAUUCAACCAACACCGCCCUCUAAAAGAAAGAUCCGAAUGAAAAACUAAACAAGUAAAAGAAAAAAAGACCAAAUAAUGAAAAUGGUCCAAAGUAAGGUGCUGCCAAUGAGAAAAGAAAGAAUACUUAUCCAGGAGGAAAUGGAUAGAGCUCAGCAGCAUCCACAUUGAGGUAGGGUAUCUUAGAAAAUGCUUUAUCAAAUCCAUAUGCAUAGAAUUUGUUAAUCUCCCAUAAGCCAAAAAAGGACGAAGUAGAGAUACUUCCACCUUAUAGAGAUCUUUACUCAUCCCACAUUGGUAAAACUCUGAAGGAAUUUGGAAAGAACACUGCUCCAUUGGGUGUAAUAGGUCAUUUCUUAAAUUAUGCUGGCAACCAUCUCUUGAGUUACAUUUACUAAACUACAAAAAAGAAGAUAUUUUAUCCUUUACACAAAGCUGUCAGCAUCUAGCUUAUGCAAAAUGGGGAGAUUCUAACGAAAGUAAAGAGAUAGCAAGUUGAAGUUGACGAGUUUGGAGAAAUAAUGGGAUUCAUUGAAACAGAUUAAGUCUUCUGUUUUAGAUCAAAGGCUCUUGUAAUUGGCAAUGGUGGAGUACAGGGAAUUCAUCCAGAGCUCUUUAAUUGGUUUCCUAAUUUGGACCCAGAAAGGACAAUUGCCUCAGAUUCUCUGCUGAGAUCAUACGUCUACAAGAACACUAUGAAUAUGAUCCGAGAAAAAAAUCUUAAAAAAAUAGUUAUCAUUGGAGGUUCUCAUAGCGGGUUUUCAUGUGCAUGGAUGCUUUUGAAUGGACCAGCCGCCUAUUUCAACAAUAAUGCUGGCAUUUAUGUAGAUAAAGAACCUAAUGCUUAAAGAAAAAACAUUAAAAAUUGCAUAGAUUGUUGUUAAUGUGGAGUGUAACUACAAAAUAUGAAAAAGCAAAAGAUUAAUGAAAAGAUGCAGAGCAAUAUUAACGGAGGAAAUCAGUAAUUUUCUCCUUAACACAAGACUAGUCCUAAUCUGAAAUGUGAAUGCGUCUGUAUUUGCUUUGGCUUUUUCAAUUAUGAUGAUUGGAAAUUUGACUAUGAAGGUCUAAUACCAAAUUAUGAAGAUUACGCUAUUGAAAUUCUGUAUAGAGAUCAUAUUAGAGUAUUUUAUAACAAGGUGUCAGAUGCUGAAUAGGAUGGUUACACUGAGUUUGCCUCUGAUAAGUUCAAGAAAAAGGAUGGCUAUCUCUAUUCCUUCACUGGAUUAAGAGGAGAUGCCAAGGAGCUGUAUUUAAAGAUUCAAAGAGGUCAAGAAAAGAGAGUCGCUUUAAUAUAGGCAAGGACUCCCGACGAACAAAGAGAAUAUGUAGAAAGAGCUGAUAUUGUCAUUUGGGCUUGUGGUUAUUAAACCAAUAAGAUCAUAAUUAAAGAUACAGAUAGGAAAAAGCUAGUCUUAAGUUAGAAAGUAGAAAAUACUUAGUAUGAUGUGGACGGAAAAUGUAGACUUAUGCUUGCUGAUGGCUAAGUUUUGGCUAAAGUCUUUGGAUGUGGUAUUGCUUUUCCAGUAAGAACCAAGGAUGGUAUGAUGGUAAGCAACCCUAAUAUGACUAAUCCUCGAGCCGAUAGUUUUUCACUAUAUAUGAACUUCGUAGGAGAUCAAAUAAUUAAAAACCUGUUGCCAAAGUAAAAGUAUGCUAAAAAUACUGUACAUAAAAUCAUGCCAUAAAAAAAGCCAAAUUAAAAUGAGGGAAAUAUGAGUUAGAAAAACUACCAAUAGAUAGUGAGAGCUAGACUCUAGUAAUACAAGCAUACAGUCAAACAAGGACUUGAGUAGAUUGAUGAGAAAAACCUCUUGCGACACAAGUCUCUUAACAUGAGAGAUGACUGCCAAAACAAUUUGAGGCAGUCAUAGAUAAAAUUUGAUAUUGAAUAAACUCAAGACCAAAAUCUUCAGAGCUCAGAGUAUCUUGGAAUUGAAGAAGCAAUCAAAAAGCAAGUAGUAGUUUCAUCUAAAAGCGUAGACAGAGCUGCUUACAAGAAUGGCAACUUUUAAAACAAAUUGGCUUAAAUGGCUAGAUCUCCAUAGAUUCUUUAGAAAAAGUAGCAAAUAAUGAAUUAGAAGAAUCCUAGCAAUUAGCCGUAGCUCUAUGCAGUUGCAGAAAAUCAUCUUAAUCAAGAUAUGAUGAAUCUAUUGAAUCAAAACAAUAACAUUCAGCAAAACAUAACUAAGCAAGUUAGGAUGAAGAACGAUCAUCUGAAGAAGAUAAAAUCUCCAUAUAAUCAGGGCUUUAAUAAGUCCAGCAACAAACUCUAGAAACUUGAUAAACUCUCAGAUAUCACAUAGAGUCAUGGGCAUGUCCCUAGCAGACAAGGCAGAGAUAUUAUGAGGUCUUCUCAGGCAACAAGAAAGCAUGAUCAGAUGAAAUCUAAUGAGCCACCUUUUAAGAUGAAUAGAUCUUCUCAAGCUUCCUUUGCUCAGAAUCAUAAGCAGAGAACAAACAGAGGAUCACUUCAUUAAAACCAAAUGAUGUUCAAUAACUAGAUGUAUAACAGCACUGGAGCAGGUCUUCUUAAUGGUGGCCAUAAUGACCCAAAGUCUUAGAUGUCCUCUACACAUGAUAAAAAUACCUUUGAGUUGCCACCUAUUCUGCACCCUCUGAAUUAAAACCAUUACGUAGGCAUGCAUUUGAACAACCACCAAUCUCAAAAUGACUACUAUGAUCAGAAUCAACAAUUUACUCAUGAGGAUAAUUACCAAGCCACUGAAGGAAACUUGAGGCAGUACAACUACACUUAAAAUGACUAAUAUCAUUACACUGAAAAUAACAAAUAUGACUAUACAAUAAACACUGAUGCCAAUCAAGUCUUUAAGGACCAGGAAUUCGGCCCCCCUUCAAAGAAUCAUUAAAAGAGACCAUCUUAGGUCUUAUACUUAUAAAAUAAUGACUGCAUCUCUGAGGACUCCUAAAAUUAUGUUAGUGGAGAUGAAGAAAAUCUUGGUUAAAGAGAGGAAACUGAUGGUGAUUUUGCGAGAAGCAUUCAUAACUAGGUUAAUGAUGAUCUUGAACAGAUUGUUUAGGAAAAUCCAUAUCACAGUGAUGGUAACUCUUCACACUAUAACGAUGAUCACUUUGAAAAUGACGAAGAUCCAUUCAGAGAGGAUGUUUCAAGUGAGGGUAGUUGUCUUUAGUCCAACAGCUUGAAGAGAUCAAUUAUAGAUAGAAAUGAUAAUCACGAAGAUUUUAACAUGAUGGAGGAAUACGAUGUGGACAAGCAAGAGGAUGAUGAAGAGAAUGUAGACGCUGAUGUCGAUAUCCCAAACGAAGAGGAACUGGACUCCCCCAGAAAAGGAGUUUCUCAUUCUUAGAUGCAUGGCAAAAUCUAGGACUAAGCUUCUGCAACCAAGGUCAUUGGUGUAACUCAAAGAAGAGUGAUGGUUAAUGAUUCAUCCACCAAUGAUGAAGAAAACUCUAAGAAGUCACUGUAAAGCUCCCAGACUGCUAAAUUCUAGCCUAUAGUAGAAACCAAAGCAGCUGAGAAGAUUACUGUCAAACCAUACAGUAGGAUACAUAAUGUAGACCUUAAGAAAGUAAAUAAAAAACAACUUUCGCCAGUACUCCUAAAUCGUAACUCUAGCAACAAUCUUUCCAAUAUAGUUAACAAGGUCAGAGAAUCUGGAGAAUACAUCAAAGAUUCGAAGUAGAAUACUAUCUCUCAAACUAUAAAUAAGAAGAAGCAGUAUCUUAAUGCCAACAUUACUCUGUCAAGCAAUCAUGAGCCAAACCAUCAAAAUGCACCAAACAACUAGUCAAACAGAGCUAGAUAGAGUAAAAGCAUAAAGUAAGUGCUGAUUUCAAAUACCUUUGAGAACAAGGACAAGGCGAUUAACUAUGUACGAAGAAACUACUUGAACUAAAAUGUGAAUUAGAGUUCAAGCACAAAUAACAACAUAACUAACAGUACCAACUAGAACUUAGUCAAUAACAGUCAGUCAACUAAUGGAGUGCAAGAAGUAUAGAGAUCAAAUAUAAGCCACCUGAAGUCUCAACUGAACCUUGCAAAUUCACAUAAAAAGAAGAACUACGGAGGUAUGUUGCUGCCAAGCAAUAUCAAUGCAAAUGCAAUGCUUCAGAAUCCAGCCAUUAUCUCCAACAUUAAUGUUGAUGAGAGCUGCAGCAGUGGACUUAGGACACCAGCUGCCAACAAGCAGCAACUUAAACCCUUGAAUAAUCAUAAUCAAAUAUCUCAGAUGCAACAAUAGUAGAAUCAAAAUCACUAACCUUAACAGAUAUUAAUAAACUGA